GGCGGGGCAGCGCUCGGGGGACAGGUGCCGUCUGCGGCCUCUGCGCCGUGGCUCCGCUAUAGCAGGGUCGGCGGGCGUGAGCCGCGGCGCCGCACAAAGAGGCAGUGAGGGAACGUGCGCGCACGAGGCGGGGGACGGGCGGGUGGGCGGCUCGGCGCCUCCCCGGGGCGGCGGAGCGCCGUGACAGCGAGCCGCAGGCGAGGGCCGUGCCCGGCUCCUUCCUCAGCAGCUCCGUGCCUGCCUCUCCGUGGGGUGCUGCCUGCAGCCCCGUCCAGGCGCUCCCGCAGGAUGGCCGCGGCGGAGGGCGGUUCCGGGGGGCCGGGCGCUGAACUGUAGCGGCCCCGGCCUGCAGUCAACACAGCGGGGCGCGGAGCCCUGCGCGGCCCUCCCCGGCUGCGGUUCUGCCCCAGUCGGCCCCCGGCGCCUAGCAGGCAUGGGCUGCUUCUGCGCCGUCCCGGAGGAAUUCUACUGCGAAGUUUUGUUCCUGGACGAGUCCAAGCUGACCCUCACCACGCAGCAGCAGGGCAUCAAGAAGUCAACGAAAGGGUCGGUUGUCCUGGGCUACGUAUUUCGUCAUUUAAACCUAGUGGAGAUAGAUUACUUUGGACUGCGCUACUGUGACCGAAAUCAUCAAACGUACUGGUUGGAUCCUGCAAAGACCCUUGCUGAGCAUAAAGAAUUGAUAAACACUGGACCACCUUACACUCUGUAUUUUGGCAUUAAAUUCUAUGCAGAGGACCCAUGUAAACUUAAAGAAGAGAUAACAAGGUAUCAGUUUUUCUUGCAGGUCAAGCAAGACAUCUUACAGGGCCGCUUGCCUUGUCCAGUCAACACUGCCGCACAGCUGGGAGCGUAUGUAAUUCAGUCUGAGCUGGGGGACUAUGACCCAUAUAAGCACACAGCAGGUUACGUCUCAGAAUACCGCUUUGUUCCAGACCAGAAAGAAGAGCUGGAAGAUGCCAUAGAACGGAUACACAAAACUCUGAUGGGUCAAGUUCCUGCUGAGGCAGAAGCAAACUACUUAGAGGUGGCCAAAUCCCUGGAAAUGUAUGGAGUGGAUCUCCAUCCUGUUUAUGGUGAAAACAAAUCUGAAUAUUUUUUAGGAUUAACACCCAUAGGAGUUGUAGUCUACAAGAAUAAAAAGCAAGUAGGAAAAUAUUUCUGGCCUAGAAUUACAAAAGUUCACUUCAAGGAAACGCAGUUUGAACUUAGAGUCCUUGGAAAAGAUUUCAGUGAAACUUCCUUCUUUUUUGAGGCACGUGACAAGAUCACAUGCAAACAUCUCUGGAAGUGCUGUGUGGAACAUCAUACAUUUUUUAGAAUGCCAGAGAAUGAAUCAAGCUCUUUGUCAAGAAAAUUCAGCAAGUUUGGAUCCAUAGGUUGUAAACAUCGGUACAGUGGCAGGAUGUCUUUUCAAAUGACCAGAGACCCUUCUAUUCAGCUCCCACGGCCUGACCAGUGCAUUGAAAGAAGUCGUAGUAAGACAUACCCAAAAAGGACACAACAGACAGGAUCUAGCAGCAUAAAGCAGAUUACAACAGAUGAGGAUAAUGAAGGAACUACAAAAAUUAUUGCACCUUCCCCAGUGAAAAGCUUUAAAAAGAUGAAAAAUGGGAACAAUCCAGAAACCCAAAGAAGUAAAACAAGUGCACCAUGGGAGGAAAAUGGCCCACAGAGUGGGCUGUAUAAUUCCCCCAGUGACCACAAUAAAUCACCAAAGUUUCCUUAUUCUCGGCGACGGAACCCAUCAGGUGGCAGUGAGAAUGAGUGUGGGCAGCCAGUCCGGAGGAGGAAAACCCAAAACAGUGGCGAAGAUUCAGAUUUAAAGCACAGGAGAAGACCAUGUUGGACAUGUUUCUUUCUUGAGCAAGAAAACAUGAGAUCACGUUCUCGUUGUAACACCAGCAGUGGCAGUGAAUCUGAAAAUUCCAACAGAGAGCAUCGAAAGAAGAGAAAUAGAUUACGGCAGGAAAAUGACAUGGUUGACUCAGCUCCUCAGUGGGAAGCUGUGCUACGGCGACAAAAAGAGAAAAGCCAGGCAGAUCCAAACUACCGGCGAUCCAGGCACAGAUCUCGAUCGAGAAGCCCAGAUGUACAAGCUAAAGAAGAACUCUGGAAACAUAUUCAGAAGGAACUUGUGGAUCCAUCUGGCCUGUCUGAGGAGCAAUUGAAAGAAAUACCAUACACGAAAAUAGAGACUCAAGGCGACCCAGUACGCAUUAGGCAUUCACAUUCGCCUCGAAGUUACCGUCAGUAUCGGCGAUCCCAGUGCUCUGAUGGUGAAAGAUCUGUUCUGUCUGAAGUGAAUGCAAAAAAUGAUCUGGUGCCUCCGCUGCCUGUUACACGAUCCUCAGAUGUUAAAGGUCCCAGCAUCCAAUUUACUCAACAGAGACAGAAUGGAUCUAAAGACAGCUUGUUGGAAGAAAAGCCUCAACUAUCUACUAACAUUGAUAUAAAACCCACCACUAAAGCGAUAAAAACUGUACAAGUGUCACGCUUCAAGGUAGAGACUUGACUGCUGCACUGCAAGACGCUGUUCUCUGGAAGUUACGAAUAUGUGUGUGUGUGCGCGCAACGGAAGGAACUGAAGUUGAAGCGGUGGUGGUUUCUACAGGACAUUCAGAAACACAGCCUGCUUGCUGGGAAGGCCAAGCAGUGCCUUUAUCACCUGGACCAUUCUAGGGGUGUGACUGAUUGAGGAGAAGCUGACUAGUUAGACAACCAAAAAAUCCUCAUAAAACAGAAUGACCAGCAAUUACAUUUCCAAAAAAUGACCAAAAAAACAGCAGCAGGAAAACGUACUUUAUGGUCUCCUGUGUAACUGAAUAGCCUUUUUCCUAAAAAUGACUGUUAACUAACAUGACUGGGACCAGAUGCUUCAAUAGAAGCAAAAUAAGUUGUAUUUUUGGCCAGUUGUGCAAUACAGUGUGAUUUGGGAAGAAUCACCUUCACAGUUCCAUCUGGUGAUCAACUUGUGCCCUGAUACAUAAGGACUGCUAACUUUUACACAGUUCAUAGCACAACGAGAUGCUGGUGUUUUUAAUACUAUUGUCAACAGAAUCCAUUUUUUUUAGCUCAGAAAUAAUUGAUUCACUAAAGCCCUGUAGCAAAAUGUUCCACAAAUGAUAUAGACUUGAUCAGCAAUUUUAAGCGUUCUGGAUGGUGAAUGUCCUUAUGUCCUUCUGCGUAGAGGGCCUAUUUAACUGAACAUUCUGUACCAUAAAAAUACAUCUAUCAUCGUAUGGUAAACCAUACUGGAAAAAAAAAAGGGGAUAUGUACUUAUAUGUACUUAUGUAUUAAUAUUGUUUAGCAAUGCACUUAAGUAAUGGUUAAACAAAACUGGUAGAGUAGGAUUUAAGAGAGCUAGGUAAUAGCUCUUUUUUUUUUUUUAAUGACUAGACUAGUAAAGCCUGCCUUAAUCUCUUUUAAUAUGAAAUAAUCAAUGCUAAUACCUUCUGUUACUCCUCUCUGAGCCAUUUCUAUGAUGAUAAAAUGACAAAGGCAGUAUUUCAGGUGUGAUAGUUGCAAUUUUUUUUCUAUUGUCAAGGUAGGCAGAGUAAUUGUUAAUGAUGCUGCAGACUGAGCACGUUAUCUUACAGUAUAGAUCUGAAAUGAUGCCUAGCUCUUCUCAUGUCCUGUCACUUUGUACAAAAUGCAGAAGCCAUUCCUCUGCUUCCCAUUUGUCCACAGUUGGGGCAACCUGGCUUUGCUAACUACAAAACUUCGCAAAACAUCUUUUUACGUUUGUCCUCCAUGAAGUCGACCUGUUACCUUCAGUGAUUCACAAUGAUCCUGUCUUCUGCCCCUAGCAACACCGGACCAGGGGACUACAGCCCUUUCAGAAAAGCAGUACUAUUUGUGGAGUAUAUAUACAGCACCAAAGUCAUGCUUUACAAAAGGCACGGCAUUUUCUGUAACAGAAGUGAGAAGUAAAAUCUUGCAUAAUAUGUUUUAUUUUCCACAGUAUUCCUAAAUUCUUUAAUGAACUGAGGUAGUCAAACGGAUGCUGCUAGCUAGGGCGGUAGCAAUGUAUGUUGCAAUUUUCCAAUGUAACACAGAUUAGUCUGCAGGCUGAGAGAUGCUACAUUGUUGCAGGCACGGCACAUUCACCUGAUAAUGUUUUUGUCUGAACAAGGACUUUAGAGGGUGCUGCUUCUUCAGUAAACAGUUUUUAAGAGAAAGAAAGCACUUAGAAUCCGGCUGUGGUGCAGAUGCUGUUUUCAUGGAUGUUAUUCUGAAUUUCAAGGAAAUGUCAUUCUAGGACACUGUUGAACUUCGCUUAAGUAUUUGCUCAAAUUGUUUUGUAAGAUUGCUAAAAAGUGCCCCAAACUGUCUUGAAUGGUUUUUAUCAAUCGUUAUUCCAAUUUCAAGUGACCCUUUUAUGGCUUUGAUAAACAUUCUUACAAGUGCUGUUGUAAAAUACAAAACAAAGCAAAAGAAAGGAAAAAGGCAAAAAGAAAACCCAGCACUGUGCAAAGAUUCUGGUGAGGUCAUCACAAUCUUUUGCUAGACUGUAAGACUACUGAAAUACAACAAACCACACAAGUCUCCUGCAAUCAAAGCCACUCAUUUGUUUAAGAAAAUAUUCCAAGCUGGAGGAUUGCACACUUUGUAGUUUGUUGCUUUCUAAAUCAUUGCUCUUGUUCUGGAUUGCUUACUCAGGCACAGGCAAGUAGAACACAUUUGCUUCCUUAGCAGUAUUUGUGUUAUUAUUGUGCAUUAUCUGUACAUAGUGUCUGUAUCUUGCCAGUCUUCAAAUAUUAUUGAUCUGGAAGAAAACUGCUUGUAAGGUUUACAUCCAACCUAAUGUUUUCUGUGUGUUGUCAUCCGCCUGCGGGCUUUUGUGUAUUGUUGGUGGAUACCAUCAGCCAGAUUUGUGGCAUAUUUACCCCACUAGAUGAGAAAAUAGGUUUGUAUCUAUUCUGCUGCUGGUAGAUUUUAAUUCUCAGUUCACAGAUAUUUUCUAGCCAAGCCAAAUUGUUUGCGUUUAAGUGAGAAACUUGCAGAGUCUUGGAAUUGAGUUAGCUGUGUUCCCUAUGAGAUUAUUUAGGAAGCAGGAUUUUAGCACAUCUAAUUAUCAGUCUGGAGUACUACUAUAGUUUUGUCUCAGCACAAGGAAGCCUAAACUUAGCACAUGUAUUACAUAUUACUGGUGAAACAAAUCAAAAAAUGGACAUCACUGUUAGCUAAUGAAACAGAAAAAGCAAGUUAUUCCAUAAAUAUGUACUUCCUUUCCCUUCAAGCUUCUUUUCCGAAGUCAUUUCAGGAGAGGCACCUUUUCUUGUGAGGUUGUAAAUUCUGUGUGAGAAACCUACAAGAAAUCGGUCACCAAAAGCGCUUACUUGGCACAGCUACAGUAGCCAUAAAACAAGGAUACAUCUCCCACUUACAGCUCUGAGCUACACCUACACUGUCCACAGUUGCUACCUUCCCCAGCUUCCUGGGCCUGCACUGCCUAGAGGCAGUUGUGUUCUCAGACCUGGAGUUUGGAAGUUAAAGUACUUGCACAAGACAGGAAUCAAGCAAAGUUUACUCUGAGGCUGGAUGUCAUACAGACCUGUCAUAAAAUGGACAAAUAACUGAUAAAAGAUUUGAGACAUUCUUAGCUUUAUUGUGCUUCUAGUCUGCUGAAGUGACCUCUGGCCAACAGUUUUGACUUUGUGCCUCUGUAUUUACCUGAGGCUUCUGUAAAUGCUAUGAAUAAGCAAGUUGCGGAACUUACUAGCAACACCAACAGUAUAGAUAUUUCUCUUUGUAAAACACAUUUUAUACAGUAAAGAGGGUUUGCUAUCUGUACCACAGAUCUUGCAAAAAUUUUUGCAUAGCCUAGAUUGGUCCCCUUGCUUGUAGGCUGAUUUCUUUCAUUGGGAGCUAGCCUUGACCUGCUGUUUUCUACAAUGCACUUCUUAUCAGUGACCCUAACAUUACAACUCUAUAAAAAUCUCUUUGUAUUGAAGAUGUUGGUUAAAAAAAUCGUUACAAGUUGCCAAAUCAGUCAUAUUUAUGAAUAAUGAACUGAAUAUAUAGCAAAAUUUCUUUUGGGAAAGCCUGUUUAAUUCAAAGCUCUCUAGAAGGAUGUUUUAAAACAACAAACAAAAACAUAUCAGUGAUGUGAUUCAUGUGCUCUAUGUACAUUAAGUAUUCAUGAAGCAACAGUGUGUUCUAUUUUAAACUGAAUUUGAUAGAUGGCUGUGUUGAUAAUUGUGUCCAGGUUGUUUAAAAAAAAUCGAGUAAAACUUGAAUUUUUAGGGCA